AUGGCGUUCAUCUUUUCGGCGAUGGUGUUCAUGCUUUCCGGGAUCCUCAGAGCUAUAAUCCAAUUCAACAUUGUAAUCAAAAUGAAUGAAAGAAAAACAAUAGACUUAGAGCAAGGAUGGGACUUCAUGCAGAAAGGAAUAACAAAGUUGAAGAAUAUUCUAGAAGGUCUUCCCGAGCCACAAUUCAGCUCAGAGGAUUACAUGAUGCUCUACACAACCAUCUACAACAUGUGUACACAGAAGCCACCACAUGAUUACUCCCAACAGUUGUAUGACAAAUAUCGUGAGUCUUUUGAAGAGUACAUUACUUCAACUGUAAGUGAACUCAUAUCCUUCUUCCUAUGCAUAAAAUUCAUCACUGAUCUUUAG